GACUCCACGUCGGCAGCAGCUACGGGCAAGAUGGAGGCGCUGAUUUUGGAGCCCUCCCUGUACACUGUCAAGGCCAUCCUGAUUCUGGACAAUGAUGGAGACCGACUCUUUGCCAAGUACUAUGACGACACCUACCCGAGUGUCAAGGAGCAAAAGGCCUUUGAGAAGAACAUUUUCAACAAGACCCAUCGGACAGAUAGUGAAAUCGCCCUUUUGGAAGGGCUGACAGUGGUCUAUAAAAGUAGCAUCGAUCUCUACUUCUAUGUGAUUGGCAGCUCCUAUGAAAACGAGCUGAUGCUUAUGGCUGUUCUGAACUGCCUCUUCGACUCUUUGAGCCAGAUGCUGAGAAAAAACGUAGAAAAGCGAGCUUUGCUGGAGAACAUGGAGGGGCUCUUCCUGGCUGUGGAUGAAAUUGUAGAUGGAGGGGUGAUCCUAGAGAGUGACCCCCAGCAAGUGGUGCACCGGGUGGCUUUGAGGGGUGAAGACGUCCCCCUUACAGAGCAGACCGUGUCUCAGGUAUAUCUCUUCUCUCUUCAUCCCCCCAGUGGAUUUGAAUUCGGGGGGAAUUUCCCAAACUGACAAUCCUCUAGGGCCUUAGAGAGCUUCCUCCUAUUCUUCCACCCUUGGGAUUUUCUAUCCCCUGUUCUUCUAAGGAGAGGGAAGGCAAGUGUGGGGAAGGAGAGCCUCAGCCUGCUCACACCCUGUGGCUUGCAAGCCCCCCUCAGUGCUGCCUUUGUCUCCACAGGUGCUGCAGUCAGCCAAAGAACAGAUCAAAUGGUCCCUCCUUCGGUGAAGGUGUUCUGAGCCCAGUUCCUUGCCCCUCAAAAGUCGCAUCUGCUGUGACUUCUUAUCCAGCUCCCCCCCAACUUAUGUCCUUAGGGUCAUCUUGGAGAAUUGCAAUGGAUUUUUGUGUCUCUAUACUUUCUGGGAUUCUUUCCCCUCCCUCUCCUGAGAGUAAAGUCCCCAGCAGAUUUGAGUGAGUCAGGGGAAACACUCUCUUCCUACUUACACUGGUCUACCCCCAGCGCCACCCCAACCCCCAUUCUCUCCUUGGUUUCUUGGCCCUUUUCUGUGGCUGUACUUCAGAUCAUCAAAGCAAGAGAAAGAAUGUGCUGAGUGUUUUCUUCCCUGUGCCUUCAGGGCCCUCAUCUCAGCAGCCCAUAUAUCCAGCAGAGGGAGGACUCCUAACUUCAGCACAAGUGGGUUUGGAGUAGCAGAGGCCAAACAUUCUUUGCCUCAGCUUCUCUCCUUCCUGCUGCCCUGUCCUCUCUCUGCCUUGGAAGCAACGGGAACAGCUUUUAGGGAGAGCACAGCUGCAGAGGAACAGUGAUUUAAAGGUUCUUGGAGCUUAUGAAGUGCAGCCUCUACCUUGAUCUGGCCUUCAGCCUCAAAGCUGCUGUACCUGCACGUGGUCCUGAGAACAUCUCUCUGCCUGUAUCACCUGUGAGAUCUUUGCCUGGUGUGGCCUCUGUCACCUUGGAGCAAAGCUAGAUCUUGGAACUAAAAUGACCCUAGUCCCUAGAAGAGUUUCUGCUCAGAACUGAGGGAGGAAAGGACCUUAAUGACUUUAGCCCUGCCGAGUUCCUUCUCAGUUCCUUACUCACAUUCCUCUGCCUUGGUUCUACAAUCUGCUGUUGAGGUUUCUCCACCCCCCCCCAUCAGACUUCCCCAGAAGUGGGGGGUCUGGUGCAGUGCCUUUCCUCUGAGGCUUGGAUUCCCGUUCUUGGGUGUAAUGUUGCCCCUUGACCCCACAUCCCUGUGAAAAUGACUUAGAAAAAAAUUUUUUUGAGCAAGCGUUCUGCCCCAUGUAUUGGCUGAAGUGAGCAGACUGGAGGCGGCCUCAGCAAGAAAUGGAGUCGAAGUCCACCUUCUACGCUGCUCUGCGGCAGAGGAAUAAAGUGAAUCUCUUCCAAACUG